CGUGUUCUUCGUUUUCUAGGGUUUGGAGUUGAUAUUUCCGAACCUAGGUUUUCCAAGAAACAAUUCCAUGCUCGGGUGGAACUGGCACUUUAUAGGUUUCUUGUUAGGGUUUUCUUUCUGAUUAUCCAGGGGUUUAACUUUAUUUCUGUGGGAUGAGAUUGAAGUCGAUUUGAUCUCUGUGUCUUUUGUUAUUAUUAUUAUUAUUAUUUUCGUUUGGAAUACGUUUUCCCCAUUAUAUUGAUUUGAGGGACGAAAGACGAAAUAGAGCCUUAGAAUAUGGCCGCAGGAAAAAAUGGUGGCUACGGGGACAACGAAUUCAGACACCGUGAGUCCGAUCUCGAGGUGUCCAGGAGGAAAGAUUUUUAUAAAGCAAAGGAGCGAGAUGCCAGAAUUCGACAGAAGGAUAUCAAAGAGAGAGAAGUUGUAAAUGGUGGUUACCAUUUGUCAAGUACUAGCUACACAAGGAGCAGUAGUAGUAGUGGUCGUCAGCGAGGUGGUUUUCCUGUUAGAAUGGUAGGCCGUGAACCCGGUGAGUUAUCAAGUGGGAGUGGAUCUGAUGGUGCUAUUGCAAAUGAAUCUCUGGUUAAGGGUGUAGAGGUUUUGGUACAUGAAAAUGGUGGUAGGUCUCCUUCAAGUAAGAGGAGAAAGUUCUCCCCAAUUGUGUGGGACAGAGUAGAGAAGGAGUUGAGCAAUUCUUCUAAAGAUAUAGUUGUUCGAGCGAGUAGGCUUUCUCCACUGCAGCAUAAAUCCUCCCGCCAGUUGCCAAUUAUUGUUCCUGAUGGGGCUGUGCAGAUUUCAUCCAUCAACGAUAACCACGUGCAAAACUCACGGCCUUCACCCAUCAAACCUUCAGUAGUGCCUGGAUCAGUGCGGUCUGCUGCAUCUGAAUCAUCAUCAGCAGGAUUAUCUUGGUCACCACAUGAGCAGCAUUGGACCAAUGAUAGAGAGCUGGGGCAGCUGGAAGAGGAAGACUUUGUUCCAACACGGAAGAUUUCAUCAUCCCGAUGGGCAGAUGAAGCCAAUUCUCCUGCAGAUGAAGGUGAAAUAUCUGAUGACAAAGACAUGCCUAAGAGGAGGAAAAGGAUGCCUGCAUCUCAGACAUUCUCCACCAGGUUAAUUCCAAAGAUAUCAAGUCCUGAGCUUGGAGAACUCACUAGAGAAGGUUCUGAGGGAGCUCGUGCUAAAUCAUCUGCCUCUAAUGAUGAAGGACAUCAUGUUUCCUCUGCAGAUGAACAUGGAGAAAAUGAGGUGGAUAAUAAUGAUUAUGUGGACAUUGACGAGGAAAAUGAUUGCAAAAAUGUCAGUGAUUAUCAAUCGGAAGCAGAUUCUGGAAGGGAGGAUGACUCCUGCAAAAUCCCAGAGCCUCCAAUUCCACAUCAGAGAAACGUAAAUAUGCUUCAGGGGUGUAGAAGUGUUGAUGAAUUUGAGAGGCUCAACAAGAUAGAUGAAGGUACUUAUGGCGUUGUAUAUAGAGCCAAGAAUAAGAAGACGGGGGAAAUUGUAGCAUUGAAGAAAGUGAAGAUGGAGAAAGAAAGAGAAGGUUUCCCAUUGACCUCUUUGAGGGAAAUAAACAUUCUUUUGUCAUUCCAUAAUCCAUCAAUCGUAGAUGUUAAGGAAGUUGUUAUAGGGAGCAACUUGGAUAGUAUUUUUAUGGUCAUGGAAUACAUGGAUAACGAUCUCAAAGUUCUUAUGGAAACUAUGAAGCAGCCUUUUAGCCAGAGUGAAGUUAAAUGCUUGAUGCUGCAGCUGUUGGAGGGUGUAAAAUAUCUCCAUGAUAACUGGGUUCUUCAUAGGGAUCUGAAGACAUCAAAUCUUCUUUUGAAUAAUCGGGGUGAGUUGAAGAUCUGUGAUUUUGGGUUGGCUCGUCAAUAUGGGAGCCCAUUGAAGCCGUACACUCAUUUGGUGGUUACUCUAUGGUACAGGGCACCUGAACUUUUAUUAGGAGCUAAACAAUAUUCUACUGCUAUUGACAUGUGGUCGUUGGGUUGUAUAAUGGCUGAACUUUUAGCUAAAGAACCGUUAUUCCCCGGGAAAACGGAGGUUGACCAGAUCAACAAGAUUUUCAAGACACUUGGGACGCCAAAUGAGACAAUUUGGCCAGGGUUUUCUAAAUUGCCUGGGGUCAAGGUCAACUUUGUUAAGCACCAGAAUAUGCUUCGUACGAAAUUUCCAGCCACAUGUUUCACUGGUUCUCCAAUUCUAUCUGAUGCUGGUUUUAACCUGUUGAACCAACUUCUAACUUAUGACCCGGAAAAGCGGAUAACGGCAGAAGCUGCUCUUAACCAUGAGUGGUUCUAUGAGGUUCCUCUUCCCAAAUCCAAAGAUUUUAUGCCAACAUUUCCUGCUCAACAUGCUAAAGACAGGCGUCUAAGAAGAAUUAUGAAAAGCCCAGAUCCAUUGGAGCAGCAACGGAGAAAGGAAUUGCAGCAAGGGGUUUUAGGAACUGGAGGUUUGUUUGGCUAAGAGGGAGGGCUUUUUACAGUUGCAUUCUGCAAUCUUUAAGUUUUUGCAGGGUUCUCCUCUGAUGGAUGUGGUUUAGGUGAGAAAUGUGCACUGAAUGUGAAGUCGCAAAACUUCUCCAUGAGACGAUCACUGAUGCUGUUAUUUAGCAGGCCCCAGAUGAAUUGGUUGGGGAAAAUAUUAUUUUUUUCGUCUCCCCCCAACCAAAUUGUGGUGCAGGAUGUUUUCUGUCAAUUCGAGCGUUGGUGGUCAUAAAAAAAAGUGCAUCCUUCAUUUUUCCUGCUUGCUUGCAAGGUGUGGCAUAAUGCCUUUCUAUUCUGGUUAAAUUUGGAACUUGUGUAUGUAACAUCUUUUCAAUUGACACAUUGUAAAGAAAGCACAUAAAAUUUGGCUCUAAAUGCCAUAUUAGAAUGGAUUUA